AUGAUGAUUUUCAAUUUUUUACGGCGAACGACGACGAAAUCUUUUAGAUAUAUUUCUACUUCAUCUUCUCAACAAAUGAUAAAAAAUCCUAAAUCAUCAAUUGCAGCAGCUGCUGUUUCUUCUACUGGUGGUGAAGUUAGGAAUUUUCCAAAAAUAACCAUGAAAAAAUUGUAUCCACAUUUAUCUCAAUAUUUACUUUGGACAUUUUUUGGUUCAUUCACUUUACAUUUAUUAUGGUCAAAAAUGAAUUAUCAAGAAUAUCAAGAUAUGGUAAAUAUGAAAAUUACUAAACUUGAAGAUAUCAUUGGACGUUUGGGAAAUGUGAAAUAUAUGGAAAAUGUGGAAAAUGCGGAAACGGUUGAACGAGAUAUUCUAGCUUAUAAAAAAUUUUGUAAUCCUAUUACCGAAAUGUCUGAUGAUGAUUAUGUUAUAAAAAAUUAUGCAUUCGGAACUUCAUUUGGAACUUCAUUUAGAAACUCAAAGUCAACAAGUGACAUACAAUCAUCAAGUGAAUCACAAUCUCCAAAAUCUCCUAUAAAAACGAAGACAUCUUCUAAUGAACAACAAAUAAUGAAAAAAUCUACCUCAACUGAAUGGAUAUAA